UAGUUUGCGUGUGGACCGGGAGCGGAGGUUUGACUCCAGAGCACCUUUUCCGCGCGGCUACAAUCCUACUCCGCCGGGACCGGCAUGUCCGAGGAAAGGUUUACAGCCGCGUCCAAAAGGAGCUCUGGAUGCACCAGUUUGGAUCAAGUGAUUGCUGCACGUCCUGGGAAGACUCCUAUCAGCCAACUGCAGGAAUAUUGCACAAAGAGUGGUCAAUCCCUCCAAUAUGAACUUGUGAAAUCUGAGGGUCAAUCUCACCUGCCAAAUUUUAUCUUCAGAGCAACAGUGGGUGAAGUGAGCUGCACAGGCCAAGGUCAAAGCAAGAAGGCUGCAAAACACAAAGCAGCAGCAGCUGUACUCAAUAUUCUGAAUGGAGGAAUUCUGGAAGACCCUGAAUGCGAUGGAAUAAGCCAAUCUUUGCCAAAAUCUGAACCCAUUACCUCAAAGCAGCCACACAAUCCUCCCAACCCUAUUGGUACACUUCAGGAAUUGGUUGUGCGUAAAGGAUGGAGACUUCCAGAUUACACUGUUGCUGAAGAAUCCGGUCCUGCUCACAAAAAAGAAUUUACAAUGAUUUGCACAGUAGAAAAAUUUGUUGAAACAGGUUGUGGUACUUCAAAAAAAUUGGCAAAACGCAAUGCUGCAGAAAAGAUGAUUACCAAACUACAGAGUUUUCCUGCAGGCUGGAAACAGGAAGGCGAAUACAAUAAUGAUGAUGUUUCAUUGAUACCUGGAGAUGAAUGGAAUGGUCCAAGGGGAAAGAUACCAGUAAUUAGCUGCGACCUGCUAAGGAAUUCAUCUGGAGAAAAAAUUAACCAACUGAAAAAGAGUCCACUCAGCAUUCCCAACACUGAUUACACUCAGAUGUUGGGAGAAGUGAUGGAUGAGCAAGGAUUUGAUAUCUCUUACCUGGAUAUAGAUGAGCUGACUGUGAAUGGGCAGUAUCAAUGUUUGGCUGAACUCUCAACUCGGCCAGUUACUGUAUGCCAUGGAACGGGAAUUUCUCGUGGUAACGCUCACAAUGAUGCUGCCCACAAUGCACUGCAGUAUUUGAAGAUUAUUGCUGGAAGAAAUUAAACAGGUUCAAGUUUAACCCAGGUGGCACUAUUAAAAAAAAAUAAUUAUUUUUUUAAAUUAUUUGAUUGAAACACAGCCUUUUAAGCUGCAUUUUAAAGAAUAGGAUGUAUGUGCAUGUACACAAUCAUUUGCCCUGAGUGUUUCCUUACUGUUAAGUCUGAAAAACCUGAUUUUCAGAAAAACCUGAAAAGUGUGAUUUUUAAAAAAAAAUUAGUCCCUGACAAGCGAUAUAUUAAGAAUGGAUUUUGACCAUUUUAUCCCCAUGUGAUAAAUUGAGGUUUUUCUAGAAUUUACUUUCUAUAAAAUAAAAUGAUCCAGCAAAUCUAGCUGUCAAAUUUGUUCAGUGAAAUGCUUGAAGAUGAAUGAUAUCAAAUAAUUCGAAAUAACAUUGAAACAUUCAGCAGGAUUUUAUUGACUCAAAGCUAAAAAAAAGCACUAGUUUAAAAAUAGUUUUAAACAUAUCCACCUCUUAAUUCUGCAGCUGCCUGUUUUCUUUGCUGUGGUUCAGAUUGGAACGGACAGUGGGAUCAGGCAAAUUUCUGUACACUUCAUAAUCUAGCUUGUAAGUUUAUUGUCAUAUUUCUGAAUGACAUUUUGAAUAUCAGCUUCCUCAGUUUGAUCAUUUACCAAAGUAAUUUUGUCAAACACUGUGUUGAUAAAGAAUGAAUUUACGAUUUAACAAGUGUUAUAGAAGGAGACUGUUAUGGAUCAGACCAAACCCCCUUAAAUAUAUUGCGAAGAUAGCCUAGACCCUUACACUUACCUUUAAAAUCAGAAAAAGUAAGACAUUAUGUUCUAGAUGCAAUUCGAUUGGUCCAACUACUCUAGACAAAACACACUUUAUUUUCAUGCUACAGUUAAAAUAGAUAAAAUUUUAAAAUUGGCUUAACUAUAUAAACUGCUAAUUAACUGUUCCAGUAUAAUAAUAUCCCAUAAACACACCCGUGGCAAAGACAAAUUCAGUAAAAUAGAUGGUCUCAAAUGCAAGUCUAGCAGCAGCAAGAGAACCCCAGUGCAUUCAGGCUGUUUCUAUUGUUCCAACUUUUAUUAAAAAAAACCUCAAGAUUUCACGAGCUUUUUACUUCAUUGGCAGUGAGCAGAGUGCUCAAUACCUUUGUCUCAACCUUUCUUAAUUUUAAAAUAAAGGACAGAUACACCUCUUAAAGCCAUAGUAUCAUCACAGUGACAUUAUUCAUAUGUAAAUUUUCAUUAUAAACUGGUACUUUCUGCUACUUAUGCAAACCAUUUUCAAACAAAAAUCAACAUACUUUUUUAGAAAUAGGAAUAUAAAAGCACAUUUUUCAUAGUUGCAUAAGCUGAGUAGUGUAUGCUAAUGUUGAGUAUACCAAAUUAAUUUAUAUUGAGUUUUCCAUUAGAUGGUUUUUAAGGGAACUUCUCAAGUUUUAACAUUGGCAAUCAAUAAAUGCAUUUGUACAAUUCUACCAAUAGCUUGAUAUCAUAAAUCACUGUAUAAUUGGGGAACCAAGCAGCAAUUGGAAUAUCCCUUGUUAUUUAUUAAAAGUAAUACUGGCUAUCAAGUUUUAUUAACCAGACUAUACGUAUGAUAAAAAGCAAACCGCUGUGGUCUCUAUGCUCUAGAAAGCAUUUGGAUGCUCUUAAUUCCUCUUGCACAGAAUCCAUAUUCACUUAUGAUAGUUUGUGUGCAAGCAAAAUAAUCCCUUUUAACAUCCCUGGAAAACCAAUCACCAGUGAUUGACUUUAGACUGUGUGCUUGCAAGCAUGUUUUGUAAAUAGUUAUUCUUUACCAAUAAAGUUUUACAUAAAUCCAUCUGUAGACUUCCUGAAAAAUGAAUCACUUACAUAAUUUUAUAUCUGAUUAGUUCGAGAGUUUGUUUGGUAGCCUCAGGAAAUUUGUCUCCAGCAUAAAUCUUGUGUUUCAAGCCUUCCAUCAUCUGAUUUAAAUGUGGCAUUUAUUUUUUUCUGUAACUUAUAUUUCAGUAAUUCUUAGCUGUGUGAUCAAGUGGUUUAACUUUCUAGGAAAACUGAAGAGCUGAAUAAAGGUAUUGUGUAAAAA